AUGUCUCGCGAUAUGGGUCCCCCGGCCAAAAGGCAGAAGAGCUCUGGCAACCUCCCGCCACAGCUACGCGACGCCAAGCGGAAGGAUAUCGACACUUGGGAAACCAAUCGAAUGCUCACAUCCGGUGUAGCACAAAGACGCGACCAUGAAGGAGAUUUCAUGCCCGAAGAUGAGGAGGCAACUCGAGUCCAUUUGCUCGUUCACGACCUCCGGCCACCUUUCCUCGAUGGCCGCACCAUCUUUACGAAGCAGCUCGAGCCGAUCUCCGCUGUCCGCGACCCGCAGAGUGACAUGGCAGUGUUCAGUCGGAAGGGAAGCAAAGCUGUACGUGACCGUCGACAGCAGCGCGAGCGGCAGAAACAGGCCCAGGAAGCGACAAACAUGGCUGGCACAGCUUUGGGCAACUUGAUGGGUGUCAAGGAGGAUGAGGGCGACAGCGCAGUCGCUAUGCCCGUUGAGGAUACCUACAAAGGAGGAGGAAACAAGUUUGCCAAGCAUCUGAAGAAGGACGGCGGAGCCAGCGCGUUCAGCUCGAGCAAGACUAUGCGGGAACAGAGAGAGUAUCUUCCUGCUUUUGCUGUUCGCGAAGACCUACUGAGGGUCAUCCGGGACAACCAGGUUGUGGUGGUUGUUGGAGAGACAGGAUCAGGAAAGACCACACAGUUGACCCAGUUCCUGCACGAGGAUGGCUACUCAAAGAAUGGCAUGAUUGGAUGCACGCAGCCUCGCCGUGUGGCCGCAAUGAGUGUCGCAAAGCGUGUCAGCGAGGAAAUGGAAGUCGAUCUUGGUUCUACUGUUGGAUAUGCAAUCCGUUUUGAGGAUUGCACCAGCGAUCAGACGGUGAUUAAGUACAUGACGGAUGGUGUCUUGUUGCGAGAGUCUCUCGUCCAGACGGAUCUCGACAAAUACUCCUGUAUCAUAAUGGACGAGGCGCACGAAAGAGCUUUGAACACCGACGUCUUGAUGGGUCUUCUCAAGAAAGUUCUGGCUCGGCGCAGGGACUUAAAAUUGAUUGUGACAUCGGCAACGAUGAACUCAGAGCGUUUUUCGCGUUUUUACGGAGGUGCUCCGGAAUUCAUCAUCCCCGGAAGAACGUUCCCGGUCGAUCUUCACUUCUCACGCACACCCUGCGAGGAUUAUGUCGAUAGUGCGGUCAAGCAGAUCUUGGCUAUUCAUGUAUCGCAGGGUCCGGGUGAUAUCCUUGUCUUCAUGACUGGACAAGAGGAUAUUGAAGCAACCUGCGAGCUCACUGACGAGCGGUUGAAGCUACUGAAUGACCCUCCAAAACUCAGCAUCUUACCCAUUUACAGUCAAAUGCCAGCUGAGCAACAAGCCAGAAUCUUCGAGAAGGCUGCUCCGGGCGUACGCAAAGUUAUUGUUGCUACCAACAUCGCCGAGACUAGUUUGACUGUCGACGGUAUUAUGUAUGUUGUUGAUGCUGGUUACUCAAAGUUGAAGGUGUACAACCCGCGCAUGGGUAUGGACACUCUCCAGAUUACGCCAAUCUCUCAGGCCAAUGCAAACCAGCGAUCCGGACGAGCUGGCCGAACAGGACCAGGUAAGGCCUAUCGUCUCUACACCGAGACGGCCUACAAGAACGAAUUGUACAUUCAAACGAUUCCCGAGAUUCAGCGUACCAGUCUCGCAAAUACCGUGCUCUUGCUCAAGUCUCUUGGCGUGAAGGAUCUUAUGGACUUUGACUUCAUGGAUCCUCCUCCGCAGGAGACAAUCUCCACAUCUCUUUUCGAGCUUUGGUCUCUGGGCGCUCUCGACAACCUGGGCGAACUAACAUCCUUGGGACGCCGCAUGACGCCCUUCCCUAUGGACCCCCCUCUCGCCAAGCUCAUCAUCAUGGCAUCUGAAGAAUACGGCUGUAGCGAGGAGAUGUUGACCAUCGUCUCAAUGCUUUCAGUUCCAAACGUUUUCUACCGACCUAAAGAACGAAUCGAAGAAUCAGACUCUGCUCGCGAGAAAUUCUUCGUCCCAGAAUCCGACCACUUAACCCUCCUCCACGUCUACACUCAAUGGAAAACCAAUGGAUGGUCCGACUCAUGGUGCGUUAAGCACUUCCUACACGCCAAAACCCUCCGUCGUGCAAAGGAAGUCCGCGACCAGCUCCACGACAUCAUGACCGUCCAGAAAAUGCCACUCAUCAGUUGCGGCACAGACUGGGACAUGAUCCGCAAAUGUAUCUGCUCAGGUUACUACCAUCAAGCCGCACGCGUCAAGGGUAUUGGCGAAUUCAUCAACCUCCGUACCAGCGUUACUAUGGCCCUUCACCCUACAAGUGCACUUUACGGUCUGGGCUACGUACCAGAGUACGUAGUAUACCACGAGUUGAUCCUCACAGCCAAGGAGUACAUGUCCACAGUGACCGCAGUCGAUCCUCAUUGGCUCGCCGAACUAGGAGGCGUCUUCUACUCCGUCAAAGAGAAAGGCUACUCGCAGCGCGAUCGCCGCGUAACAGAACUCGAAUUCAACCGUCGCAUGGAAAUCGAAUCGCAGAUGGCAGUUGACCGCGAACGUGCUGCAGCCGAUAAGCGGCGCGAGGAAGAACGGAACGAUCCCACGCGCCGCAAAAGAGAAGUCGAGGCUGGAGCGGGGUCUGCCGUGCGCCGACCUGUCAUUAAACCGGGGCGGAAGGUCGGCGGUCUUACUGCUUCGUCCUCUACUUCGUCGCGGCCUAGUGCCAAUGGAAAUGGCAGCGGUAGUGGAGGGGCAGGAAGGGGUGGUGGUUCUGGGGGGAGUGUCGUUAAGAGACCAACUAUUCCCCGGAGGCCAGGGCGGGCAUUUUGA